UUAUGAUGGUAUUAUGUUUAUUAUGUUUUUAAAAAAUACGUGUAAGAGAAGGAAGGCGAGUAGCGACAACGCUUUAUGUGUUAAUCUGUACUCGCGUUUGAGAGAGGGGAAAAAGGGGAAGGCAGCGAAAAGGAGAGGGGAACCUAUGGGCUCUUCCCUAAAGCGGUCUAUAAAAACCAACGUAGUUAGCCCCACGAAUCGACACUCACUCCCAAGCCCAUCGGAAAAGUGCAUUUCAUAAUUCUUCUCCUUCUUCCAACUCCUGUCUGGUUCUUGAUUUCGUAUACUCCUACCCAUGGAGUCGCACGUGCAAUUCAGCGAAACGAAGCCGUUUUGGACCAAUGAGAAGCACAUGCACUUCUUGAAUUCCAUGGAAGCUUCUUUUGUGCGAUCAAUGUUCAAAAAUCGGAACCAUCGCCGCCGUCUACGGCUGGACCGCCACCUGUCGGACACCGCAGACUCAACCCUAGAUUCGCCUCAGAAGAACAGAAAAAAGCAUUCCAUCUCCGUAGGUACCAGAAUGGACGGUAGAUCUAGCAGGAGAUCAAGACGGAUACCAUCUCUGCCGCACACUUCAAUUCAAGAUCAGGUGGUCCCACAGAUGGAAGAGAGAGCAGUUGAGGAUGAAGAUGAGAGAGACCAUCCCUUGUCACCUGUCAACUAAUAAAUAUAAUAUUAAUUAUUAUUAUUAUUUCAGCUACAUUUUUUUUUUCCAUUUAGUUUCUUCAUUUAAUCCUCGCGUCUUUUCACUUAGUUUGUUAAUCUUCAAUUAAUGAUGAGAAAUGAGUGAAAGCGUUAAUUUAAUUGGCUACCUCAGGUAGGUUAAAUACAAUAAACGAAGAAGAGGGUAAAAUUGUAAAUAAAGGGAAUAUUCAAAGAUAUAUAUAUAUAUUUUUUUUAAU